CCAAGCAAAAGGAAAAUAGUAGCAAAACCAAAGGGAAUUGAAGGCGAUGGAGCCCAGUGUCAGGGCACACAACCACCCACUUGCUACCGCCAUUAAUGGCUGUUGUGUCGGUAAACCUCAACUGGCGUUGCACAAGAAGUGCCGAGCGAACAGAUGAUGUAAAGCUGCAAUCAUGAACAUCACUGACGAUGAUUCCCUUGCCCUCCGCCUCGUCUCCGAUGCCGGGUUUGCGUGUAUUCGCGCGUCGUAGCAGUCUGUGGCGUGCACUUCGCAGCGACACGCACCGAGGUGGGCUGUGGGGUACUGGAUUGGGGUGUUUGUUACGAUAGCCUGGAGUAGGUGGAGGGGUAGGUUGGGGUGAUCUCGACAGUCUAAUGCGAAUUGGUGCCGGAUAGCUUCUAGUUCAAGGUUUUGAGCGUUUUGGGAGGCGUGAGGACAAGGAUAUGGCAUGCAUCUGGUAGGUGAUGAUUGCCAGCGUCGUUUGAUUAGGGUUGAGAUUGCGUUGGAGGUGGAAAAUUGCGUCUUGGGGUGGGGAUUUGAGAGUGUUGGGUAGGUUGGUGGAGUGUUUUGUUUUGUUUUUGUUUUUGUUUUUUUGUGGGUACGUGAGAUGGGAGACGAGAAUGAGAGAGCGUUGGCGCAAGUGCAUUGGGCUGUGCGCAACGACGACGCGGAUGCAUUGAAGAAGUUAUUGGACGAGGGAGAUAGUGCUGCGUUGGUCAAUGCUGCGGACUACGACAAGCGCACGCCCCUUCACGUGGCGGCCUCCUCCAAGAGCCUCUCGGCUGCUGUGCUGCUUCUCAGCGCGGGCGCUUGGGUCGAUCCUGUCGACAGGCGGAACAACACUCCGUUGGCUUACGCGCAGAAGUCGGGAUUCAAAUCUAUGGUGAAGUUGCUGACACGUUACGGUGCUCAACCGGUAGUCGAUCCUGGGCGUAAGGGGGAUGAAGGUGGCAACCUGAAGUAUCCCCCUCAAAGCUGGGACUGGUUGAUUGACGACCCUAGUGAAAUCAACAUGGAUGAAAGCGUGCUCAUCGGCAAAGGAUCAUUUGGGGAGAUCCGACAGGCGAAUUGGCGUGGCACCAAAGUCGCUGUGAAGACCAUUCGACCUUCGUUGUCCAAGGACCGGGAAGUAAGGAAGGACUUCCUCAACGAGGUGGAGUUGUUGGUGAAGUUGCGCCAUCCAAACAUAGUGCAGUUCCUGGCCGCUGUGAUCAACAAGCCCCCGCUCAUGCUCGUUACUGAAUACUUGCCAGGAGGGGAUCUCCACAGAUUGAUUCAGAAGGGUCCCGUGCCUGCAGAUUUGGCUGUCGCACUUGCGCUUGACAUGGCUCGCGGGAUGGCUUACCUUCACGGCGGCCCUAACGUAAUCAUCCAUCGCGACCUCAAGCCUCGGAAUCUCAUAAUUGACGAAGCCAACGAACUGAAGGUUGGAGACUUCGGAUUGAGUAAGCUCAUCAAAGUGGCAAACAUACAUGAAGCGUACAAGCUAACAGGGGAAACUGGCAGCUACCGGUACAUGGCUCCCGAGGUCUUUCUGCGCCAAAAUUACAACACAAAGGUGGAUGUGUUCUCCUUUGCCAUGAUACUGUAUGAAAUGUUCGAAGGCGCUUCACCCUUUUCUGGCUAUGAGGCUUAUGAUGCCGCCUCCAAGGUUGCGAGGGAAAAUCUACGCCCCGACUUCGAUGCCAAGAUUCAUUACCCGGAUGGUAUGAGGGAGUUGAUCACCGAAUGCUGGUCAGAAUUUCCCGAAAAACGGCCCCAGUUCGAUGACAUCGUUCGGAAGAUUGAGCAAAUUCAAGAGAAGACGUCGCAACAAGAUCGGCAUUGUUUUCGUCAUCUCUUACAACGCAUUCAUCGUCACCACAGUGAGUGAUGACUACAAGCCCAGUGGCUUUCGAGUUAACCUUGACCUUCAAGUUCUACUGAUCAAGUACAUUCCUUUUCAGCUCAAUUACACUAACCUUGAGCUUUAGGACUACAAAUAUGAUCUCCCAAGCUUGUGGUGACAGUCACCAGUGCUCUGAAAGCUCAACAGUUGGGAGCCGCUUCGUUUCAUUCGGUACCGACAAAACAGUAGGACGUCUUUUUCGAUGCAGGAUGAUGCAUCACCAACUCAUUUUCUCUACAAAUGUGUCGGCAUGAUAAGAAAUCCACAUUGGUGGACAAUGUUUGCAUGCGUCCUUAGUUUUAUUCCGUGGUAGAAAGGCCACUGAUGAUUGAGUAAACCGAUUUUAUCUUUUCAAAUGUUGAUAUCGUUUAUGAUUCCACUA